UUUUUUUUUUUUUUUAAUCUCUGCAACGGUGUACAGACCAUCACUGUGACUGUGAGGCUCCAUGCUAGUCCCAUACGGCUACUUUCUGUUAAAUACUACACCAUUACCUGGGAAAGAAUGACUAAAUGAUAAGCACAAGGAAAAAUGGUCUGAGGGCUCAGCUCUAAAUUUAAAAUAGUGACGUGUGACAGUACUACUGUGACACUGCAAUAUAUUCAUGAUCAUUUAUGCCACACAGCAGAGAAAAACCACUUGUUACUGUAAUCAGUAAUAAUCAUUUAAAAACCCUUUGAAGGAGUGGUUGUCCCAUGGAUGAUGUGGAAGGACCGACAGCGAACAGUACAGUGGGGAAGGAGGAAGAAGGGUGUAUGGAGUGUGUAUUGGUGCCUGUGCUAGAAGCCUUGAUCCUAGUGACAGGGCUUAUGGGUCACUCACUCGUGCUCAUCAUCUUGGUCAGACGACAGCGGGGAGGGAGACGGCGGCCAAAUGGCACAGACACACUUCUCCUCGCCCUCAGUGUGGCUGACCUGCUGCUGCUACUCUGUCUGCCCUUCCACACGGCUGCCACUGCACUGAACCGCUGGCCCUUUGGCAUCUACUUGUGCAAGGCAGUCAGCUUUCUGGGAGCAGCCUGCUCCUCUGCCAGCGCCUUCACCCUAGCUGCACUUGCAGUCACCCGCUUCCUGACAGUCGUUUACCCCACCUGGGCCUACCGCUCACAGAUGCAGCGCUGGCUCAGACUAGUGGUGUCGGGUCUCUGGGUGCCUGCUAUCGCCCUGGCAGCCCCUCAGUUCGCCUUCCGUGCUUUGGGCCCUACAACUCAGCUGCACUGCUUUGCUUUCUUGUCUGACAUCAGCCAACUAGUCUACGGCAUCGUCCACUUCCUCAUCGCUUUUGCCCUGCCACUAGCCAUUAUUGUCACAAUGUACAGUAAGAUCUACUUCUUUCUGCAUCGCACACGUAGGGAGGGCAGGGCACCUCAGCUUGAGCGCUACCAGAACCAAGUGACACGCACCUCAGGCCUGCUGGUGUUGGCCUUCACCCUGUGCUGGCUGCCGUCCUAUGUGCUCAUGUUCGUCAUGCUGGGUCGUAACACAGCUAACGUGCCCCACUAUGGACCAGUUGCCAUCUUGGCCCGUCUGCUGGCCAUCUCCUCUACUGUGGCCAACCCCAUCCUCUAUGUCUUCAUGUCCCACAAGUUCCGUGCUGACCUUCUGAAUGUGGUCAAGGGUAUAUGGUGUGGGAUCCAUGGGGACUGCAGUUGUUGUAGGGGCCGUGGCACCUACCAUACCAGAAAAAGGAAUGGCACAGACCCUGUAGAGCUGGAACCUUCUGCAAAGCCCUAGAGGGGGCAGAGAAGCUUCCAUGCCUCACUUUUCUACUGAGACAUACAAGUUUAACCACUGUAAAAGAAUCGUGUCCUGGCACAGCACAGACCCGUUCAUUUCAAUACCUCAUAGGAUCUGCUUUAAAAAAAAAAAAAAAGGAAAAUGCUGAUCUGUAAAGCACUGGAAAAUUUCUGCGGGCUUUUGAUUGCAAUGAAAGUACUUUGAAAUAAAAAGAAAAAUGAGAAUUUUGAGGCCAUCAGAGGGUACUUUGAGGACACAGAAAACCAUGAAGCUGAAGAAAGCCACACUCCACAUCGAAACAUAUUUAUGGGGAAUCGUAAACAGAAUUUCUUUGGUUCGUGUUACUAGUUUAAUCACAGCAGCAUUUACUUCACUCGUUUACUUAUUUUAACUGUGUAAAUUUAAAUAUAAAUGCUGUUUGGUUCCAUUCUGGAAAGAGAG